AACAAAGAAAGCACCGUACUUUUGCGCAAUCCCAAUAGCUUUAUUCCGCCUCCUGUUUGGCCCAAAACCCCAAAUCGCUUCAUAAUCCUCACUAUCUCCGGCCAAAUCAUGGCCUCUCACCACCACCACCACCACCAAACCACCACCUGCUGCUCAUCCGGCCACUGCUGCAAUCCUCCACCGCCGCCGCCGCCGCCGCCGCCGCCACUAGUACAAACAACUGACUCACUCCUACAAGCGCUUGCCUCUCUUCUCCUCCAACAACAACAAUCUUCAGAUCAAAUCCAUCUCGAGAGAAGCCAUCAAAAUCAAUCCUUUUAUAAACACAGACCCCAUUCCCAUCGACGCGAGGAAAACCACCAGGAUGUGGAGUUCGUCCUCCCCUCUCUUCUCAGUCGCAUCGAAGCUCUGGAAUCUUCUCUCCAGCAUUUUUCUACAUAUAGUGCUUACCCGUGUCGCUAUCUUAGGGAUACAGCUGCUCGAGUUAUUCAAACCCAUUUUCGUGCCUUUCUUGUUCGUAGAUCGAAGACCCUUAGGCAGCUUAAAGAGCUUGCUCUUAUUAAAUCCAGUUUCAGUUCUCUCAAGCUUUCCAUUUCCAAUAAAACCCAUUUCGAUUUAGAUGCAGUUUCUCGAAAAGCCAUGGGCUUGCUCGUCACCCUUGACUGUAUUCAGGGUGCUGAUCCAUUGAUCAGAGAUGGGAAACGGUCAAUUAGCAGAGAUUUGCUUUUGUUUUUAGAUUAUAUUGAUGGGAUUGCUGCUAAGGAGCAUAAAGUUUACUAUAGGACUGCAAAGAAUGUGGGAGUUGUUGUCAAUGGUAACAAAUCUAGGGUUUCAGGGUCUAGAUUUGGAGAGGUUGGUCAGGAUAGAAGAGAAGUGGUAGAAAGAUUGAGGAACCGGGUUGAAAAGAUUCGUGGGAGUCCUAGGGUUGUCAGAAAUGAGGAUGAAGAUAGUGUGGAGCUUGAAGGGUUUUGCCAAGUAAUAGAUGAAGUAGAGAACCCUAGGAUUUCCAUCAAUGCUAAAACUGGUGUUUGCGCUUCCCCAAUUAGAAAUAGGGUUUUGGUGAAAAGGCAGGUGAGUCAACCUAAAGUGAAGAAAACUGUGAGCUUUGCUGAGAAUGGGAAUGUCUAUAAAGUUUUCAGCAAUGUCAGCCGUAAUGAAAACAGUUCAAUUGGAGAAGGUACCCUGACUGAUGAGAGUGUUUCAAGUGACGAUCGUGGAGAGAUUCUAGAGAAUCCUUGCAAAGAAACUGCAAAUGAUCAGGAAGCCCAAAUGGAAAAUGGAGAAUCCGUGCAGAGCAGUGAUGAGGAAAGGAACAGCAGAGGGAAUUUGCGCAAACAAUAUAACAGUCAGAUUGGCGAGGAAGAUGAAGAUGGAGCCUAUAAUUUAAUGUUCUCUGCUCCAUUGCCUGCAAGGAUGGAAUCUAGGGUCGAUUUGAAUAAGAAUAAGGGUGUGAAGAUUGCCUGAUGGAAGACACCAUUUGUAACUUGCCACUCUAAUUGUUUGUUUCAGUGAUGUGAGAUGAAUUCAAAUGGUGUUCUAAGGGGUCUGCUAGUAAUCUGCUUUUCUGAAAGCGUUGUGUGUGUUCUGCUGUGUUCUCAAUGACUACAUUUUUGUAUACUGCCCCAGAUUAGUGUUUAUUUUUAUUCUAGUUCAUAAUUGUGUUUCAUUCUCUAUCUUUUCCUCUGAAGUUCUUCCACAUUAAUUUUUUCCUCUUGGGGAUUUUGUACUAGGAGAGAUUGAAAGCAUAGCUCGAGACACAUUAGCUUCAAUAACUCUUCAGAACUAGUGAGAAUCCAGACUCUCUUUUUGUAUUACUGCAUUCUGAUUCUGUGCAUGCUUUGUGCAACAUUCCAAGAUAUCUAAUGGACUGCUUAGUUUAAUCCAAAACAUUUGUAAACUCAAUAUGUCACCUUAACAAGUGUCUCUCAAAUAUAGCAUUAAGGUACUU